AUGAAAACAAGUGUUUGUUUUGUGUUUAAAGCUAAGGAAGUCAUUUAGAAGUUGGGGCGGAGCCAGGGGGUGGCCAGUGGUUGCCAUGACCACCAUAAAGUAAUCUUCGGCCACCCCUCUGGCCCCCCCACCACCGCUUUGCCGGCAAUUUUUUUGCGGAACCAUUUCUGCACGCAGGAGCAGCGCACCUCAGAUGAGUAGUUCUCCACCAAAACAGUGCAGUAAUACACUCAACAUAAAUGUCAACCACCAACACCAUUACAGAAGUACAGUAGUACUAUUUAGUAGUAUUCGUGGCGCGCUACGAGUAAAAGCGCCAGCUGGCUCUGCGCAUUCCAGUGUUGCCAGAUUGGGCGAAUAUCUGCCAAAUUGGGCGGAUUUUGUUGGAAAACAAUUUAAUAGCAGGACACAGGAUCCCAUCAUGGCAGCUGCCAGUGGGCCUGUUUUGGGUUCCAGAGGUCCCACACUGGGCACGGAUGACUUCUGUCUGUACAGCUACCUGUCUGAUGACGAGCAAAUCCAGCUGGCCAUCGAACGCAGCCUCGCUGAAUCACAGAACUCCACCUCAGCAGCCGAAAACACAAAGAGUCUCGUACCACAGCACAGGCCGACACCAGCUAUAACACAACCAAAUCCACCAUCACAACCAGUUCGGCGUCAGACACCACAGGCUGAACCUCCCCCAUGUCCUGCCAACCCACCCAGGGACAACAGUAACCAACAGUCUGUGAUAGUCAGUCACUUUGUUACUGGGAACGGUCAGCGGAUGGUGGCGUAUCGACGAUACGACGGCACUCUUGUAGAAGUCAAACCAGAGAAGGAAGAAGAUGUGGACCCGAUCGUAAAAGCUAUUAGGGAUGACGAUGUGGGAACUCUGAGACAACUCAUCAAAAAACCAGACUGCAACCUUCUCAUGCCAAACAAAGAUGGCUGGAUUCCACUUCACGAAGCUUCCAACUAUGGAAAAGAGCAAUGUAUUAAAGCUCUCCUUAGAGUUCAGCCUGGAAUGAUCAACAAGCGCACUUUAAAAGAUCAGACCGCUCUUCUGCUGGCGGUGUCGAAGGAGUACGAGGACUGUGUGCAGUGUCUGCUUGAUAAAGGAGCCGAUCCAGACAUCGCAAACAAGGACAAGGAGACGCCGCUCUAUAAAGCCUGUGAGAGAGAGAAUUCUGCUAUAGUGGCGAUGCUGCUGAAUCACGAUGCGACAGUAAACAAAAGCUGUAUACAAGGCUGGACUGCUCUCCAUGAGGUCGUGUGCAGGAACAACGUAGAGAUCUGUGAGAUGUUGGUGAAAGCAGGAGCCAAGAUCAGCACGGCCAACGUGUACGGCGUCACGCCCAUCUUUGUAGCAGCUCAAAGUGGAAAAGUAGAAGCGCUUCGGUUUCUCUUAAAAAAUGGAGCUGACAUUAACAGUCAGGCAGCAGACGGAGCCACAGCGCUGUAUGAAGCCUGUAAAAAUGGUCACGUUGAGAUUGUGGAUUUUCUUCUAUCUCAGAAUGCAGAUGCCAACAAGUCGGGCAAAGCUGGCCUGCUGCCAAUACAUAUCGCAGCGCAACGUGACGAUGACAGAAUUGUGUCCAUGCUGAUCUCUGCCACCAGUAAGGCCCGUGUCAGACGCAGUGGCAUCAGUCCUCUCCACCUGGCAGCAGAGCGCAACAGAGACGAGAUCCUAGAGCUGCUUAUCGAUGCUGGCUUUGACGUCAACGCUGUGCUGUCUGAGGAACGGCGGAAGUUGUACGAGGACCACCGAAGCACUGCCCUCUACUUUUCUGUCAUUAAUAACAACGUUGAGGCCACCACCAUGCUGCUACAGGCUGGUGCCAAUCCCAACCUGGACACGUUCAGCUCUCUGCUUGUAGCUCUGAGGCAGGGAUGUAUAAAGACGGUGACCCUACUGGUGGAGCACGGAGCGAACGUCAGUGCUUACAUCCCCACACACCCGACCACCUUCCCUGCCACCGUCAUGUUCUGUAUGAAGUACCUGACUAUGCUUAAGUACCUAAUGGAUAAUGGUUGUGACGCUUUGUCAUGCUUUAACUGCGUGUAUGGUAGCAAUCCUCAUCCGCCACUGAAUCUGGCACGCCGUGAGAGAAAUGUGAGGCGCUACAGAGAGGAAAGGGCUACAUCACAGAGCACAUGUGUGCAGUUUUGUGAGGUAGUCUCCACCGACACGUACAGCCACUGGGCCGGACCCAUCAUAGACGUGCUGUUGGAUUAUGUCGGAGAUGUAAAGCUCUGUGCCAGACUCACUGAGCACCUGGACAGCUACCCUGACUGGGCUGGCAUCAAAGAGAAAGCAAUGCCCCCACGGCCGCUUAUGCAGCUCUGCAGACUGAAGAUUCGCAAGUUGGUCGGCGUCCACAGACUCAGGAAACUGAAGAAGUUACCCAUCCCUGGAAGACUGAUCAAAUUUCUGAAUCAUGAGGAACGCAUGACAGAGUUUUAAGUCUGUCUGUGUAACAGAAAAAUGAAGGAAAACAACCAGCAUUUAAUUACAAAUAACUAUAUAAAUAGCUCUGCACUAAACUGAUUGGAAAUACUAUCACUUGGAUGUAUUUUCUGUGUAUAUAAUUCUUGAAUAUAUGUAUAUGUAUGUUGAUUUAAGGUUAUUGCGCACAUAGUAGAUGGCAAGUCUGUAAGGGAGUGAUGUGACAAUGCUGAACUUUGAGAUAAUUUCAGUUUAACUGGAUAUGCAUUCACUGGCCACUUUGUUAGAAACACCUUCCUGAUAUUGAGCUUUUCUCUCAGCAUCAAAGGGGUUUAAAAUUGUCUAUUUAAAAUGGUCUUGUUAAAAAUGUGGUCAAUGUUAACAUGAAUGCAUUGUGUGAUUGCUGUAGAUUUGUCAAACGACCUGUCUGACCACAUCAGACGCAGACGCUUUGAUCCAAAGCGACUUACAGUACUGUGAUAGUAUACAAUCUAAGCAAUUGAGGGUUAAGGGCCUUGCUCAAGGGCACAACAGUGGCAACCUGGCAGUGGUGGGACUUGAACCGGCAACCUUCUGAUGACUAGUCCAGUACCUUAAUCGCUAGACUACAACUGCCCCCUUUUAUGUGUAGAGUUUGCAUGUUCUCCAUGUGUCUGUGUGGGUUUCCUUCAAAAGCUCUGAUUUCCUCCCACAGUGCACAGAUAUGUAAGUGAGAUGAAUUGGAGAUACAAAAUUGGCCAUGGUGGUGUUUCACAUUGAACUUGAAGUGAUGAAUUAUGGGUAACCUGUAACUACCUGUCCUGUCAUGAAUGGAACCACAUUUUUAGUAAAAUACUGUAUGUGUCUACAUAUUCUAGUUAGAUCUAAAUUAAUAUUGUUAGCCUUCAGAUUUUAUUCAUUUUAAGACAUCUUAAGGAAAUAAAUGAAAAUGAGCAAAGAAACAACCACUGAGGCGCCCAGGUGGUGCAGCGGGUGGUGCAGCGGGAUUCACAUCCAAAAGGUGAAUUUAGAUCUAGUCAAUGAGGAGACUAUUGAGGUAUGUCCUAGUGUUUAAUCUUGGGGUCAUUAAUGUAAGUUUUAAAUACAUUCUAAGUUGACCCAGAUGCAGUAGUUAAGGAUAUCAAGGAUUUAUUAAUGCUAUCUGGGUGAGCUAUAAUGGGUUGGACAGUCAACACAAUCAUUUUGUGUCUUUUUGCAUCAAUCACAUCAAUGUGAUUUAAAGUACACAAUUUCUAGAUUGUUUUUUCGUUAAUUAGAUUGUUGUUUAGUAAAGGACAUCUUGUUUAAAAAGUAAUAAUAGUCAACACUUUUACUUUUCUUCAGCUUAAAUACACCGAUCAGCCAUAACAAUAAAACCACCUCCUUGUU